UGGACUGGGUAUAUUCCUGUCAACUGUCGCCUUUUUUUUAAUUUUCCGAUGAAGAAACACAGUUGUUUUGAGUUUUCUUCGGCUCCGAAUUUUCCUCCCACUGUGUCGCAACAAAUUAGCAUUGAAUGAAUCGUCCAGAGUUGAUGAAAAAGUGGUUGAAACCGGCGAAAAAUACCUCGUGAAAAGUGAAAAUUCAAAGUUUUAAAGUUUGGAAAAUUGAUUUUUCCGGAGUGCGGAGCCGAUUUUCUAGGUUAAGUCAGUGAUUUUUCCCGGAUUGGGGGGGGGGCAAACUACCGAAACUCGGGAUACAUGUGCUAGUGAUUGAUAUUUAGAAAGUGUUGACUGUAAACAGAGGAGGAAAAGCUCGUGGAAAAAUUGAGGAAAAUCGGAAAAACUGUUUUUAUUUUCUUUCCUGGCGCUACACGACGCGGCUAGUCAGCGCCAUGUGUGUCCGACGUUUCAGCCUCGUGCUUGUUUUCUGAUAGGUGCCCAGUGGAAGAAAAUAAGAAGAAUUGAAGGAAAAUUGAGGAAAAACUGUUUGUUGUGCUGGGUGAAUGCGACAGACUAAGGGGAAAUUGCGAGGAAAUACGGUUUUUUUUGUGUCGUUUUCAUAAUUUUCUCUUAUCCGAGAUUUAUUUACUGUUAAUGACACGGGAUACGGAAUAUGUGAGGAAAAUGGAGAUGGAAAAUACGCAGUUAUGAUAAUUAAUUGCGAUCUCCAUUGCCGACUGGGGCGGAAAUACAAAUAGAGAAAAAUAUUUAUUGUUUACACUUUGUUUGGAUUUUCUUUUUUUUUUUGUUUUUCUUUUCCCCGCGCUGGGGGGGAAAAGUGAUCAAUUGUUCGUUCGUUUUUCUGUGAUAAAAUGAGGAGAACCAAGUGUUUGAGGUUAAGUUCUGUGAUUUGAUACUGGAAAUAUAUAAACUCGAGAUUUAUUUGUGGGAAAAAAAUAUUCGUUGGCCGUGCGAUUUUUACCUGUGGAUUAUAAUAUAAAAUGCAGUCCAAUACUAUUCUGAGGGAGGCUGGUAAUCCAGAGAAAUUAAUGGGUAAUAACAACAAUGGAUCUCCCGGUGCUGACAUUAUGUUUCAAAUGGAGGACGAAAGCAUGACGCAGCUUGGCAAUGCAUUUCAAUCGGCUUAUCAGUCUAUUGCCGGUGGUGCACAGUAUGGAUCAGACGAAUUUGGUCAGGACUCUCCUAGGUACACAUCUCCAAAGGCAGCAGCGCUGUACGCAGAUCCCUACUACCUUGAUGGAAGUACGGGAGGAGCUCCUGGGGACCCCUGGACGGGUAGUGGUGGCGUGCAGCCACCUUACAGUGGAUAUGCACCGCCACACUUGGCGCAGCCUGCCUAUCCCAUGCAUAUACCACACGAUCCAAUGGCAUACUCGGCAAUGUCACCUAAUGGCGAGCCAGCGGCGCCAAUUCUUGGCUCAGCGGUGACAAGUGCAGCAUCACUACCACCAAUGUCAACGUUUAGGGCGACUAGUGGCACUGGCGCACCAUCACCAGCAUCACUACAAUACAAUCACAGUCCUGGUGCACCCAAUGCACCGUCGACAGCCCCAAAUGCACCCAAUCAAACACCCGCCCAGGAGACGCUUGGCAAGGCACUUGCCUCUGUAGUAAGCACACGAAUUUACCCAACGGACCAAUCGGUGUCGAGUUACAGUAGUAAUCCAUCGACACCAGUGGGUUCACCACCUCCCCUACCAGCGGCACCAGGAUGGGCCUCUGGUACAGCUCCAGUGUCGCCCCACUUCACCGCCGACCCAACUCGUGGAACUAUUCACAUGCCGGCGCCCGAACAGCAGAGGCUAGACGAUGCCAUCGGCUUCCUUCGUGAUCACGCCGAGCGUAAUCGAGACGAAUCGUCGGAUAUUCUGUUGGUACAGGGAUCUCGAAUGGAGGAAAGACUGGACGAUGCCAUAAAUGUAUUGAGGAACCAUGCAGAGAGCCAAGUUAAUCUUCAUCUGGGUCCCGUGGGCCCUCAUGGUGCACUCUAUUCCCACACGUCACCGAGUCAAAUGGACCACCUUACGAGUCCACAUCCUGCGGUGACAGUAGCUCAACCCCAAGGAUCCUAUCCAGUUUUAACUCCCACCCCCGACACAGACGGAUCAAUCAAGAUCGAGAGGCUAUCAGUAGCGAAUGCCACAGAAUACAUCUCUUUAGAAAAGAGGAAAGAUCCACCAGACAGUAGUGGAGGUGAGACGAAGGCAUCUAGCAGUGAUUUGGCAGCCGGUGUUAUAUCAGGUUCAGCCGUUAACUCUACGUCACAGGGAAAAGGGACUAAACGCUCGCGCCGAUAUUGUUCGAGCGCCGAUGAAGACUGCGACGAUCCUGGCACCAAAGCGGUGCGUGAAAAAGAACGCAGACAAGCCAACAACGUUCGCGAAAGGAUACGUAUAAGGGAUAUUAAUGAAGCAUUGAAGGAGCUCGGAAGAAUGUGUAUGACUCACCUGAAGACAGACAAGCCACAGACCAAGCUCGGGAUUCUCAAUAUGGCGGUGGAGGUUAUUAUGACCCUGGAGCAACAAGUUAGAGAGAGGAAUUUAAAUCCAAAAGCGGCGUGUCUGAAAAGACGAGAAGAGGAAAAGGCUGAGGAUGGUCCUAAACUGCCAGGGCAUCUUGCUGCACACAUAACUCAUCCACAUUCUCAUCCACACGCGCACUCACAACCUCCCUUCCCUGCCAUGCCUGGACCACCACCAUCACUUCAGCACAAUCCUGCCCAGCCCCAGUAGCAGAGGUUCACCUCCGGCGUUGUUCUGUGUUAAAACUCGUGUGCAGUCAGGUCCAGUUAGCCUGUAAAAUCGUUGAACGAACUUAACUCUCGAAUAAUAACGAGAGAACCUAAGGAAUGACAUGAAAAUUGAAAUAAAAAAAAAAAUUAUAUCAUAUAGACAUAUAUGAGACUCUGAAGUAUAUAUGCCAAUGGUAUAUAGAGUUUGGAAGGCCUGGGUGACUAUGAGACGUGCGCGGGUGCUCUUUUUCGUUUAUUUCUUUCAUUUUGAUAUCAUUUUAUCAAUUUUUUACAUCAUUCGAGGGGGAAUUUAUUAAUUCAACGUAAUCAGGAUUUUUUUUUCUCUCUCUCUCUCUCUUUACGUGAGUGCAUCGGGUCUCUGGGGAAAAUUACCGUUUAUUUUGAACGACAAUAAAUAAGUAUUAUUGAUGAGGAAUUUUAAAUGAUUAAUGGUUAAUGAGACAAAUAAACGGAAUUUUUCUAUCCUUCAAUUCACUUUGUCAGAUUGACAUAUCAGAUGACUUUUCGAGAUUAAAAUUGAAUUUUUGAUGAUGAAAAAAUAUCAACACUUAAAUUUAGAAUUUUUUCCAUUUAUUU